UCGGCUCAGUGCUGCCAGGCUUACUCUGUGGACGCAGUUCAAAAGAGGGAGGCAUAUAAAGGAGACUGAUGAGAAAGUAGAAGACCUAAAUAUACAUUAAAAUAAUAAUACUAACAAUUGUAAUGACUACUAUGGCUGUUCCUGCGACUCUUUCGGUUCACUCUGGGACUUCUGCGGUGUCCGGUAAACUCUUCAGAACCGACCCGUUCUUCUCGAGUCCCGGGGACUCUCCGAGACUGAUCAGCUCACUGAACGCGACGCUUCCGAGCGGCGCAGCGACGAACGAAUGCAAAAUCGUGGAAGUGCUCGGAGUGAAAGUCGCUUCUUUCAACGUUGAUGGACAGGAGCUUAUUUGUCUCCCGCAAGUCUUCGACCUUUUCUUGAAGCACCUUGUCGGCGGACUGCACACCGUGUACACGAAACUCAAGCGUUUGGAUAUAAACCCCGUGGUGUGCACCGUGGAGCAGGUGCGCGUAUUGCGCGGACUCGGUGCCAUCCAGCCCGGAGUGAACCGCUGCAAACUCAUUUCCAGAAAGGAUUUCGAAGCGUUGUACAACGACUGUACCAACGCAAGCUCUCGUCCAGGUCGCCCACCGAAGCGUUCCUAUGGGGCCGAUGUGCAAGAAAGCCCCAGAAUCCUCCACCACAGAGCAAACAACCUUCUGUCUCCAGCCCUGCUGUCACCCACAGGUCUAACAACAGCUGCCAUGGCUGAAGCUUUGAAGAUACAGAAGAUGAAGAUAAUGAUGAAUCUACACAAGACCCACAACGGCUCAGAAUUCGAUUCAGAUGAGCUCAACACUAAUACAGGAUGUAGCGCUUUGUCCUGGGAGAGAGAGAAGUAUUCAUCACCUGCUUCAGAGAAAACACAGCACAGCUUGAGCAACUCUCAGCUCAACUCUCUCCAACACACCCAUCUACUGGCCAACAGACUGGACCUGCCCUUCAUGAUGAUGCCCCAUCCCCUGCUUCCUGUUGGACUUCCUCCCACCUCUGUUGCCAUGGCAAUGAACCAGAUGAACCACCUUAAUACAAUUGCCAACAUGGUUGCCAGUGCACAGGUGCACAGCCCCGUCUCCAGGCCGACAUCUGCCAUCAAGCAGGAGUGUUUUGACGAGAGCCCCUCUCUGACACCAUCCGUAGAUGGGAAUGUUCCUCAGAAAACUGAACCCUCACCUCAACUAACCAGUUCAGUUCCCAGCAGCCCCACACAGCCUUACACACACUCUCCUCAAAAAACACCCUUGAGUUUGACAUAUGAUGUUCAUGAUGAACAAAGCGAGAAAGACUCAACUCUGCAUAUGAACAGACUUUCCAACGACAGGGUUGAACAAAAUGCAGUGAAACCAACAAUCUUUGAGAAGGUCCCAGCUCAAGCAUUGUCCUCUGGCUUCCCUGCGUCCCUUCUUUUCACAGACGGUCUCUCCUCCGUCGAGAUGCUGCUCACUAAUGUCCAGGGCCUGCUAAAGGUGGCUUUGGAGAACGCCCGUCUGCAGGAGAAACAGCUUCAGCAGGAGAGGAGAGAGCUCAAGAUGGAGCUGUACAGAGAGAGAGAGAUGAGAGAGAGUCUAGAGAGACAGCUCACCUCUGAGCUACACAGUCGAGCUACCAUUCAGAGACGUCUGAAGAAGGAGAAGAAGGCAAAGAGGAGGAAAGAACCAAAGACUUAA